AUUGAAAGAGUGCUGUUCAACAAAGACAGAAAUGAAACGUAAACAGCGAAGAUAUCGAACAACUUUUAACAAUUAUCAACUUCAGGAACUUGAACGAGCCUUUCUACAAACACAUUAUCCUGACUGUUUCUUCAGAGAAGAGCUUGCUUUAAGAAUUGACUUGACAGAGGCAAGAGUUCAAGUUUGGUUUCAAAAUCGACGUGCAAAAUGGAGAAAAGGUGAAAGAAUUGAUGACAAGGAUUCUCCAUCCACAAGUUAUGAACAACAGAGAACACAACAAAUGACCUUAAAUUCUCCUGUAUCAUCAACAAAUUUAAUCUUUGAACGAAACCAAUCUGUUCCACAGCAAGUUAUUGAUCAUGAACCUUCUAACAUUUUAAACGUCACCGAUGAUCGACUAUCUCCGAACAUUUUUUUAAAUCUUAAUUUUGACAGUGCGAAUCCAAUGGAUUCCAACGUAAAUUCAUUGAAGUUUGAAUGGACUAACUUCAAUCCAAGCAUUGUUACAACUGCAGUUCCUUCCAUUAUGUCACCAGUGUCACAUAGCAAGCAGCAGAUAUCUUACGUGUCUACGUCACCAACUUAUGAAUUUCUCAAUGUCGAUAACUUCAACAUUGAUAACUUCAAAAACGAAUGUAUCAUGUCACUAGACCACACUCUUUUAAAUUCUGUUGGCGACCCUUCCGGAUUGAUGAAUGACUCAGAAAAUAGAAACAUUGAUAUGCAAGAUUUCUCUCUCAGUGAUGACACAAAGGAAUUGCUUGAUUUAGAAAAACCAAUCAACAUUAAUGUUACCAAUUUGGACACUGAAAAGUUUUAG